ACAGACAGUCACGUGACAAAAACCUUAGCUCUACUUUCGUUUCGUGGAAAAGCAAAGUUGAGUUUCGCUCUUCUCUUCAGCUCACAUUGAAGCGGGACGAUGGCGGAUGCGGACGGCGGUGAAUUCUCUCUACUCAGCUUGGGUGAUGAGCUGACCUGCAGUAUUUGCCUGUGCACUUUUGACUGCCCAGUGACCACCCCUUGCGGCCACAACUUCUGCCAGCAGUGCCUCCUCUCCACUUGGAAGGAAACCUACAGCUGUCCACAGUGUCGGGCCCACUACUCGAUCAAGCCGGAACUGAAGAAAAACACCGUCCUCAGCGCCGUGGUCGACACUUUUAAACUACGCUCGACUGAUGUGUCCGUGGCCGAAACGGCGAAAAGCGAAGCGGGCUGGGGUGCCGCCGCCAUACGCUGUGAUACGUGUAUGAAGGCGGAGGCGGUCAAUACGUGCCUCACUUGCAUGGCCUCCUAUUGCGCCGAGCACCUGCGGCCGCACCGCGACAGCCCGGUUUUCCGCGUGCACCAACUGACCGAACCCGUCGGCGACCUGUUGGAGCGCAUCUGCCCCGACCACCAAAAGCUCACGGAGCUCUUCUGCACCCAACACGACCGCCUCAUAUGCACCCUCUGCCUCCAGCAAGCGCACAAAACCUGCAACUUCAUCCAGCCCGAGAAGCAGAGAGCCAAGCAAAAGUCCAACUUCAGUGAGAAAUUGGAUUUGGUGAACAAGAAGAUUAAACAGAAUGAGACUGUCAUUUCUCAAAUAACCGACAUGCAGCUUUCCCUGAAGGGCAGCGCCGCCACCAAGAAGUCGAAAAUGGCUCAUGUGUACGAACAGAUUCGAGACAUGCUGGCCGCUGAAGAGCGCGCCGCUAUGACCGCGGUGGACCAAGAACUCGAGUCGUCUCAGACCAAGAUCAGGGUUCUCAUGAAAAUGUUUUCUGACAAUAUUAAGAGCUUGAACAAGGCUAAAGUGGACAUCCAGAGUCUACUUUGUCAGUCACAAACAAUGGCCUUUCUUCAGGCUUCACUGAACCUGCCCAAAGCUGCGGCGUUUGAUCCAUACGCCCCUCGGAUUAACUUUAACUCCAAAAAGGUGACAGCAAACGAGGAAUUUGCUGUUAAUCUGAAGAAACAGAUGUAUUACAUCCUGAAUCAACCUGUUGGUGCCAGACCACCAUUAACAGACACGAAAACCCAGACAGGACAUCCAAUCAACAACCCUACCCCAGCGGCCAAGGCAGUGAACGCCAAAGCUGACAAGAUGACAUCACAGAAAACACACACCAAGCCCAGUCCACUGCAGGAAGACAGUAAGAAAUCUAUGAAAAAUAGGUCUCAUUCUAUGGAAAACCUGCUGGGAUCUGAUGGGAAACCAAGACACAGACCUCAGCUGACUCAGAUGCCUUCUGAACCCAAAGAAAAAAAAGAAAUGAUGGACCGUCCUGCCAACCUUGCUGCUGAAAAUAGACACAAUCUUCUGGCAUAUGGCGCUGCGCUCAGUUUUGAUCCAAAGACAGCACACAAACGCAUCGUACUAACAGAGCACUUCACAAGGGCAUCUGUGUCAGACCAACUUAAUCCCGCGGCGCACAUCGACUGCCCCCAACGCUUCUCUGUCUGCACUCAGGUGCUCACCUCUCAGGGUUUCACUCGCGGCUGCCACUACUGGGAAGUUCGGCUCAAUCACAACAACUUCAUCGGCAUUGGUUUGGCUUACGGUAGCAUUGACCGCAAAGGUCCGACCAGUCGACUUGGCCGCAACGCGAAGUCUUGGUGUGUGGAGUGGUUUAACGUCAAGCUGUCGGCUUGGCACGACAGCAGCGAGAUUAAAGUCGUGAAUCCCCAUCCGAAGCGUGUUGGUGUGUUGUUGGAUUGUGAUUCAGGCUCUGCUACGUUCUACAAUGUGGCAGAUAGAGUCUAUCCAUUCUACUCGUUUGUGUUUCCGUUCACUGAGGCAGUGUAUCCAGCUUUCUGGCUUUUCUCCUCUGAGUCAUCGAUCACACUUUGCCAACUGCAGGCUUGAGGAACGUGUUGACAUUUGCUUCAGUCAAAUAUGCUUAAUGGUCUCACACACCAUAGAUUUAGUUACGGUAUAAAAACUCAAUAAUGUGCCAAGGGAAUGAUUUAUAAAAUUUCAUUGAAGCUGCCGCAUUUGUGGUUGAAUGACCAAAGAAAACCAUUGUUCCUCUAUCGGUGCUUGUAUAAUUUUGACAUGUGAUUCUUAAAGGUGUGCUGUUCACACCCGUGCGCCAUCUGCAGCAG